AUGGAUCCCAGCGUUUUCAGAUAAAGUAAAGCCUCUUUCCAGCUGCAAGACCUUCCCGCUAUCCCAGCAAGCUGUCGAUGCGUUCGAAAGCCUGAAGAAAUCAAUAGAGAAAGCUGUUGUUACUGCUGUUGACGAAAGUAUCCCGUUUGAUGUUGAGACAGACGCCUCGGAUGUGGCUUUAGCAGCCACACUCAACCAAAAUGGUAGACCUGUGGCCUUCUUCUCACGAACACUCCAAGGAAGCGAGUUGAAACACGCAGCUGUCGAGAAAGAAGCUCAAGCCAUUAUCGAAGCAGUGCGCCAUUGGAGACAUUUUCUAACAGGGAGACAUUUCACUCUCAAAACUGACCAAAAGUCGGUUUCGUAUAUGUUCGACGUCCAACAUAAAGGAAAAAUUAAAAAUGACAAGAUAAUGCGUUGGAAACUAGAGUUGGCUUGCUACAGUUUUGAUAUUGUUUAUCGUCCUGGGAAGUCGAAUGUUGCACCUGAUACGUUAUCUCGCGCUACUUGUGCUACAACGUCCGAGUCACUCUACAACCUUCAUGAAUCACUUUGCCACCCGGGUGUCACAAGAUUAUACCAUUUUGUCCGAUCAAAGAAUCUCCCUUAUUCUCUCGAGGAGAUAAGAAGGAUUACAAGAGCAUGCAAAGUAUGCAACGAAUGCAAGCCUCAGUUCCAUCGCCCGGAACAAGUUCAUCUCAUCGAAGCUACGAAACCGUUUGAAAGGCUCAAUGUGGAUUUUAAAGGCCCGCUGCCAACGACUGAUAAGAAUCGGUAUUUCCUCAAUGUGGUCGACGAAUUUUCACGAUUUCCAUUCGUGUUUCCAUGCCCUGAUAUGACAACAACCACUGUGAUCAAGUGUCUCACUACGCUCUUUUCUCUUUUUGGUAUGCCAGCUUAUAUUCAUUCUGAUCGAGGGGCAACAUUUAUGAGCGAAGAACUGCGAACCUUUCUUAUCGGAAAAGGAGUAGCCACAAGUCGUACAACUAGUUACAAUCCCGAAGGAAAUGGUCAGGUAGAGCGGUACAAUGGCAUAAUCUGGAAAGCAAUCGUCACCUGCCUUAAAUCGAAGAAUCUUCCAGUAAAACAUUGGCAAGAAGUUUUCGCGGACGCUCUACAUUCGGUGCGCUCACUUUUAUGUACAGCGACAAACGAGACACCCCAUGAACGUUUCUUUAGUUUCUCCCGAAGAUCAACCGUUGGAAGCUCUAUACCUUCAUGGUUAUUACAGCCUGGACCUGUUCUCAUUAAACGUCAAGUCCGAUCAAGCAAACAUGACCCGCUCGUAGACGAAGUAGAACUGCUUCAAGCUAACCCUCAUUACGCUAACGUGCGCUAUCCAGAUGGCAGAGAAACGACCGUAGCUAUUAAGCACCUUGCACCUCGUGGCCAGGAAAUGACCUGUCAACCAUCGGUGGCACGAAACGACAACAACUCAAUCUCGAAUGCUGAGGUAACGGGCAGUCCUGCUGACGAUACAACUGAUGAGCCACGAGAUUUCGGAAGAUCAAACGGAGAACAAGGUGACUCAACCCAAAACGAACAAUCCUCUUCGAUAGAGAAACCAGGAAUUAGUCAUUCGAUAGAAGAACAUAAUGCAGACUUUUCCUUAAGACGGUCGACACGCACGCGUCGACCUGUUGACAGAUUAAACUUAUGAAUUGGUCAUAUCAUUGAUAGAUUGGACUUUUAAAUUAUCUUAUAAACUUUAUUAGUUUAUAUUUAUAGGUAGAUUUAUUAAGACUAUUAUGAUUUUACUAGUUUCUCGUUAGUAGGUAGAACAUUAGGACGGGGAGAAUGUUAUGAAUAUUUAAUGUAUGCUCUGAGCCAGAGUAUAAAGGUCAGCGUAUGACCCACGGAAUGUAAACAUUGUCUCGACCGCCAUAUUUGUAAAAUGUUAGGUACAAUUUUAAGUUGAAUAAAGCCUAUUAUAACGGCAUCUUUCGUAGUUUUCUCACAACAACUGCAGUAGCAAACUUUGUGAUAGCGGACUUCCAGAGCUACACAGUCGUUCCCCCGAAUUUGCACUAGUAUACGUUCAUCAUUCUUUCUCUCAGCAGAAGCCCAGCAUCAAUUGUUUCUGCCAACAUGAGUGGGGUUCUUCUUCUCUUCUUAGUUACCUGGUGUGAAACAAAAUUAUUAAACUAAAUAUCUGCUAACAACAAGGUUGGAUGUUUGUAGCAUAGAAACUACUUUACCCUAAAUAAACUUAAUUGAUCACAAUUCAAUAUAUUUUAAACCAAACCCGAGAAUGUUGUGCACAUUGCGCUAGUAUUAUACCUAUCAAAAUGACCAUACCUUGUCUAGUGAGAACCACGAGGCGUCUCUUCCACAAAUAAUACAUAUCUCUUGGAGUACAUGCGCGUUUCUUUUAGGCAGGGCCUUAUUUAUAGCUUCUGUGACUGAUUGACGUGUAAUUUUUCGCCUUGGUUCUAUUGGCUUCACUUCAACGUGUGAUUCUUCGGUAGAAGUUACAGCUUUAGAGGUUGUUCCUUCUCCUUUUUCUUCUUUUCUCUGUUGUCUACGGAUCUUCUCUUCAUCACAAAAUCUCUUCCAGCAUUUCAUAUGAUGGUACCAUUCUAAGGUAAUGGUAUCGGGGUUCUUCUCCAUAUAUGAAUUGACAAAUCCGUCAUCGAUGUUCUCGUACGAUUUCUUAGCUCUUUCAGCUUGUUGACAUUUAAGUUUGGCCCAUUUUGACCUACACUCAAGAAAUUUCUUAAGCCUUUGGCGUGUAACUUUGCAAAGUUGCUCCGUAACGCCAUCAAAAUGCAUAAAACAUGAGGACAUUCGAGUUUUAUAAAUAUCUUCAGCCAUGAUUUAUUUGCAUAACUGAGCGUGUUUCCACUUCGAAGCAUGUGCGUUGGUUGUGCGCGUGCGUGCGCAGUGCGUGUUUGACUGAGUUGCGCAUACGUAUUUGCUAACAAUGGUGGUUCGAAUAUUUCGAAGCGCGAAAGUAUCAAACUUUGGAGGGAUUUAUCUCCCAAUUGUGCACCUGUUUCGCUUGAGGAGCAACGGAUUCUGAUAAAGUAAGUUUUUAUCUAUUUAUUUAUGUGAAAAUGACGUAGUUACACGAGGGGUGCAACGGAAUCCGUUUUCUAAGCAUCUUUUGGAUGCUCAGUCCCACAGCCUACAGCCUACACGACAAUGCACGUCAAUGGUUUUUGAUUCGCUAAAAUACCAUGUUUUCUUGCAUAUAAUCUCUACAUAGUCAUUUUUAGUAGGAUCCUUGUUAAAAAUUCGAUAACAGUCUAGCAAUUGCGAUUUUUCAUGUAACUCGUAAAAGGCGCAAGAUGGUGCCAUAAGGGGGGGCAUAAUUGUACUUGUCAUAUCUUCGAAACGAGUUCGGUGACCCCAACUUUUCCUGUUUUUACUUUGAGCAUAUCUUAUAAACUUCAGAAAAAUGAAUUGCAGAACAUGAUUGUUGUUUUAGAGUAUCAGCUGUAAUGGAUGUGGGAAGCCUCUACCAAGAUGUUCUCAAUGUCUCAUGCACAUGGGAACAACAUCAACACACUUCGAUAAGAAGGCAAAACCGUCGAAUAGCUCAGGUAAAAACUCUUAUAGCGGCAUAAAAUAUACAUAUAUACAAUAUGUUGUGUAAUACCGUAAACGCGAUGUAGCUAAUGUUUAGUUAAUAGUCUAGUAUAGAUUUGUAAGCUUGUAUAUGAUGAGUAAAAGUUGUUCUCAAGCUUAUUACUCAGAAAAUACUUCUAGUCCUCGCUCGGGGGAAGACUGGAAAUUAUGAACUAUAUAUGAAAUAUCUUACUCGAGAGAGACUUUCAAAUACCAUGCAGUAAACUGAAAAGUCCCUCACCGUUGUGCGGAAACUUUAUGUGCAUAUGGGUGUAGUUAAGAAUCUUCUGAUAUCCUGGAAACUAAAAUUUUUGUUGAUAUUAAAACCCCGAGAGCAAGUGUUUUUGUCAAAACCAGAUUAAAAAUGACUAGCGCACAACAUUGUAGUAAUUCUAAACGCGAUUUGACAUCAUAAGGACCAAGUUUGAAAUGUAAUUUAUGCUCUAGUAAAGUUUCAUGUACAUUGUUUGCGCUCUAAAAACAAUGUUUACCCCACAUGCUCAGAUUCGUGUAGAUAAUGGAAAAAUUAAAGUUAAUGCAAACGGUUUUUCUUUCUCAGAGA